GAGUAGAAAACUAUAAAAAAAAACUAUUGUGGUUAUAUUUGCAAUAACUAAGGAAAUAGAGGGGCUAAAUCAUAAAAUAUAAAAACAACUGAUAUGUCCUUGCUCCUAAAACCCUUAAAACCCUAGUGGCCUCCGCGGAUCACGGAAUCUUCGAUUCUCUUGUUUCAGCGUUUGUGCGGUUCAACGUUCAACUGAUCUUAUAUGUUCCUUAGUAAGUUAAUAUCAUCUCUAUCUUCGCUUUCUCUUAACCCUAGCACGAGAGCGACUAGGUUUCUUGUUCAGAACGCUCCAAAGCUCAUCCAACCUUUAAGAACUCGAGCCUUCUCCGGGAGCUCAGGGUUCGAUGGAUUCGGAGACGACGACAACGGUUGGGACAUCCCAACGGGAGGAGACUCGUUAGGUGGUGGUACAGGAUCAGACGAUCUUGGUUGGGACAAUAAGUCAAUGUGGUCAACUGGUUUCACCACAGAACAUUUCGAUGGUGUCUCCGUUGGUCGUAAGAAAAACACAAACCCUUCUACUUCCGACAACACCGGUUCUGAUGAUACUGGUGACGUAAUGAGCAAGUUGGGUCCGAGAGAAGUGGCUAUGGUCAACGAGAUGAAUGAGUAUGAUGAUUUGCUAAAAGAGAUUGAUCAAGAUAAAUAGAUUAUUUGUAUUCUAGUAAUAUUGUUAGUUAAAAGAUCUAAAUACAAUUACUAGGGGAUAGGUUGGUGAUAUUUAUACCUCAUUGCAGGUUCUUUGUUUCGCAUGACCGGGAGUUUCAUGUGGCCUCACUCAAGUACAACCCUGGUUUCAAGGUCAUGCCAGAAGGAUGGGAGGGUACAAUCAAAGAUAUAGAUGAAGUCCAUUAUGAGAUCUCAAAGAAAGAAGAUGACAUGCUUUAUGAAGAAUUCGUGCAAAGGUUUGAGUUCAACAAA